GAAAGGUCUUUCCCGUUCUAGACAACAUGGCUCGCGGUCCUAAGAAGCAUUUGAAGCGCGUCUUCGCCCCCAAGCACUGGCUGCUCGACAAGCUCGCCGGCGUGUGGGCCCCCAGACCCUCUACUGGUCCUCACAAGCUGCGUGAGUGCAUGCCUCUCAUCGUGCUCCUUCGCAACCGUCUGAAGUACGCCCUUACUUACAACGAGGUCAAGAUGAUCGUCAUGCAGAGGCUCAUCAAGGUUGACGGCAAGGUUCGCACUGACAUGUCCUACCCCGCUGGUUUCAUGGAUGUUAUCACCAUCGAAAAGACCAAGGAGAACUUCAGAUUGUUGUUCGAUACCAAGGGUCGUUUCGCCAUCCAUAAGAUUCAUCCCGACGAGGCCGCCUAUAAGCUCUGCAGGGUUAAGAAGGUCUACAUGGGCUCCAAGGGUGUCCCGUACGCCAACACUCACGAUGGUCGUACCAUUCGUUACCCCGAUCCCGAGAUCAAGGAGAACGACUCGGUUCGUAUUGACAUCCAGACCGGCAAGGUUCUCGACUUCCUCAAGUUCGAGAUCGGCGCCACCGUCAUGAUGACCGGUGGUAAUAACAUUGGUCGUGUUGGUGUUAUCACCCACCGUGAGCGUCACCCCGGCAACUUCGAGAUCAUUCACGUCCGUGAUGCCGCUGGUAACAACUUCGCCACCCGUCUCUCCAACGUCUUCGUCAUUGGUCAUGAGGGCAAGCCUUGGGUGUCCCUUCCUAAGGGUGAUGGUGUCCAGCUCUCCACUGUUGAAGACCGUCACUUGCGCAUGAAGAAGAACCGUAUUGCCGGCCAGCAGACUAGGAAGUAAACAUCGCGAAGUCAUUGUUACUCGUUUAGCGGGAAAACAGCUUUCGAGACUC